AAUGGAAAAGUAAAUCUCACGAACCCCACACCCUGCAGAGCGUCGGGCUGAGCCAGUAACUUCUCCGGACUUCUCCGUCUAAAAACACUCACCAUGCCGGUCAAAGGAGGAACCAAAUGCGUCAAAUACUUGCUUUUUGCCUUUAAUUUUAUAUUCUGGCUUGCUGGAACAGCCGUCCUCGCGAUAGGAUUAUGGCUCCGGUUCGAUAGUCAAACCAAAAGUAUGUUUGAGUCUGAUUCAAACCCCAGUUCAUUCUAUACAGGAGUUUACAUCCUCAUUGGCGCCGGAGCACUCAUGAUGUUGGUUGGGUUCCUCGGCUGCUGUGGAGCAAUUCAGGAGUCGGAGUGCAUGCUUGGACUGUUCUUUGCAUUCCUCCUUGUGAUUUUUGCGAUUGAAAUAGCUGCUGGUAUCUGGGGAUUUUCAAAUAAAGACAAGGUUGUUGAUGAACUGAAGACAUUUUACAAGGAUACUUAUGCAAAGUACAUGGAAACAAAAGAAGCAUCUGUAAAGGAAACGCUCAAAGGAAUCCAUUUUGCCUUUGACUGCUGUGGAAUGACUGGCGUGCUUGAAGCUGCCCUGACAGACAUAUGUCCAGCCAAAAGCGGAUUGACUAACAUACUUUCUUCCGAGAGCUGCCCCGCAGCCAUUGAAAAGGUUUUCAAUAAUAAGUUACAUAUUAUUGGAGCUGUUGGGAUUGGAAUUGCUGUGAUCUUGAUCUUCGGCAUGAUUUUCAGCAUGGUGCUUUGUUGUGCAAUCCGGAACAACAGGGAAAUGGUAUAAUACAGUGUGUUAGUAGGAAGACCCAUUUGGGGGUCUCGUAAAUAUAAUGUUCAAAGCGGCGUUUUCCAACCAAAAAAAAAGUUGUUAUAUUUUUUGUUUUUAAUGCAGCAUUUUUGCUUUUGUUUUGUCUAAAUGUCUGAACCGUUGUAAACCAAUGAUACAAGGUAUAUGAUUUUGUUGAUAGGUUAAACACAUAUAUAUUGUAUAAAAAGUUUAUUCCAUGUAAUCAAUUUUAGGCCUGUCUUUGCUUUCUUAAAAUGAUAAUCAAACAGUAACUUAUGUUGAAUAUCAUUUGAUACUUAAUAAAAAAAAUAGUUAUAUACAUAUUAAACAUGGUUUGUGAUUUUGUGUUUAAACUACACAAAUGUACCGUAGGAAAAAAAAUAUAUACCAUGUGGAAUUUUCACUUCUUGACAACCCUUCCGAUUUACACGUUUGCAAUGCACAAUAAACCUGUUUAAUGUUUUUGUAUAUUGGGUAUUUCUUUUUAAAGCAAAUCUGUUGCUUUUCCCAAAUUUUGGAUUCUCCUGUUACGUACCCUAAAAAAAAAACCGCAAGAACCCUGACGGGAUUACUAAAGGGACAGUUUAAUGUCCACAACGGCCACAGUAAAGAAGAAUGCAUAUUAAAAAUGUGGACUAUUUUAAUAUGCAUUCAUUAAACGAUGGGGGGGGGGAUAAAUGACUUCUCUUAUGGAGAAGCUGCAGAUCUGUUCCUCUUGAAGCAGCCAAUCAGUGUCGGGAAAUAACUCCCAUUAAAAACAAAAAAGGAGGUUUUUCUGUGUAUUUUCAAGUUCUUUUAUGGAUACAUUAACUAUAUAACAUGUAAGCGUGACAUACUUUAGGCUUUUUUU